CUCGCGGGCCGGGGCGCGCGCGGCAUGCCGGGCGUUGUGGUCUCCGCGGCGACCGGCCGCCAGGCGCAGGGGGCUCGGCGGCGGGAGCGGGCGGCGCGGGCCGGGCCGGGGAAGCGGGCUGCGGCGGGGGCCGGAGCGCGGCCGGCCGGCCGACGGGCGGGCGGGGAGGCGGUGCCCCGCGGGCGGGCGCGGCUAAUCGCGGCACGUGGUCAGCGGCGGCAGCAUGGCGCAGCUCACGGCGCGGUUCCGCACCGACAACCGCAGGUACGCCGUGGAGGAUGUGCCCUUCUCGGUGCCCGCGGCCUCCGAGACCACCGACCUCAGCCACCUCAUCAACAAGCUGCUGGCGGCCGGCCACGCAGAUCACAAGUAUGUGGAAUUUGACUUCCUUAUCAAUGGCCAGUUUUUGCGUAUGCCACUGGUCACGCACAUGGAAAUGGAAAAUAUCUCCACAGAAGAAGUGGUGGAAAUAGAGUAUGUGGAGAAAUAUAUGGCCCCUCAGCCAGAGGAAUGCAUCUUCCAUGAUGACUGGAUCAGUUCUGUUCAAGCCACUGAAGAAUGGAUAUUAACUGGCUGCUAUGAUCAGACUGCUCGAAUCUGGUCUUUGGAGGGGAAAUCCAUCAUGACAAUAGCUGGGCAUACAGAAGUAGUGAAGGAUGUGGCAUGGGUGAAGCAAGAUAGUUUAUCGUGCCUGUUACUCAGUGCUUCUAUGGACCAAACUGUCCUGCUAUGGGAGUGGAAUGUGGAGAAGAACAAAGUGAAAGCCCUUCACUGUUGCAGGGGACAUGCUGGCAGUGUAGACUCCAUAGCUGUUGAUUGCACGAGAACUAAAUUCUGCAGUGGAUCCUGGGAUAAGAUGUUAAAGAUCUGGUCUGCAGUACCUACAGAAGAAGAGGAUGAAAUGGAAGAAGCAGCUAACAGACCACGGAAGAAGCAGAAAACUGAACAGUUGGGACUAACAAGGACUCCUCUGGCAACCCUCUCUGGCCACACAGAAGCUGUGUCCUCUGUGCUGUGGUCAGACACUGAAGAAAUUUGCAGUGCAUCAUGGGACCACACCAUUAAACUCUGGGAUGCUGAGACUGGAGAUCUCAAAUCAACUUUGACAGGAAACAAAGUGUUUAAUUCUGUCUCUUACUCACCACUGUGUCGACGCCUCGCAUCCGGGAGCACUGACAGACAUAUUAGACUAUGGGAUCCUCGCAGCAAAGAUGGCUCCUUGGUUCUCCUGUCUCUGACAUCUCACACAGGCUGGGUGACAUCUGUGAAGUGGUCACCUACCCAUGAGCAUCAGCUGAUCUCUGGUUCUCUGGACAACAUUGUGAAGCUCUGGGACACAAGGAGUUGCAAAGCUCCUCUGUAUGACUUGGCUGCUCACGAAGACAAGGUUUUAUGUGUGGACUGGACAGAAGCAGGGUUGCUAUUGAGUGGAGGUGCAGACAACAAACUGUACUGCUACAGAUACCCAGCUACAGCCUCUGAUGUUGGAGCAUGAAGGUCAACAGCCAGAAGAAUUUUUUUUUUUUUUUUUUUUAAUAUUUUUGCAGCAGUGGCUCUCUGUUAGCAUCCCUACAGAACCAACAUCUGAAGAGAGUUUUUUGUUGCUUAGAGAGCUGUUCCUGGUUUUUGUGUUGGUAACCCAUAUCCAUAUUUGUCAAAGAAAAAUGGCAACAAGCAGUUACAAACGUGAUUACUGUGAAACAAAGCAAAGGGUGUUUCCUCCUUUUUGAUGGCUUUGAAUUAACAUCUUUUAAAUUACUAUUUGUAUAGCCCUUUAAUAAGGAGUAACUGUUCUUAAUACAUACAGAAAAACUACUCACUGGACUAAAUUAUUUUUUGAGUUUCCCUGCUUUCCCUUGAAAAAAAAAAUAAAGCUUUUAUGCUACGGUUCAUUGGUUUAGUGCCUCACUGCAGAUAAAAAUCAGACUUCAGCUCUCCUUUCAGUAUGCCUCUUGGCAGUUCUUACAAUUAGGUCCUUAAUUGAUGAAGCCAGGCUUCUUUCUAGGAUGAAGACGUAGUAUGUUUGCAGUGCAAGUGGUAUGAUAUAAAGGAACGUGACAGAUCUACUGACAGAUGAAAUACUCAAUUUUUUUUGUUGCUCAUAAGUUAGGGCUGUAAAUUACUUUAUAUAAUGUGCCUGCAUUGUACCACAGUACAGGUUAUGUUGCAGUACAACUGAUGUGGUAUCUUACUCCUAAAAAGCAGCAGAUGUAUACAAACAAGUGGAGAAUCACAGAGAAGGCAGAAGAAAAAUUAAUUUGUUCCUAGAAAGAAUGGAUACAAAAAGUUGCCAUAGCUUUUAGGUUGAUAGAGGAUAAGUACUAUUCAAACAUGCUCAUUUUCUCUGCUGGUGGUCUUGCUUUUAAUUCAGCAUUUAAAUGAAAAAGCUAUUACUGCAGUUUGUGCUGGUUUAACAUCACAUACAUGGCAUCUAACAUAGUUUAACAAUGUGGAAACCAAACUUGAAUAUCCCCACUAAUGUCUUAGCUUUCAAUAAAUCUAAGACCUGUACAGCACAACCAAGUCAAAUGCUUAAGUUGCAAGGUUAAUAAUUUUUCUUUGAAGGGUGAAAACUCUUCAUAAAGAGUAUCCAUAUUCUAAACAUGGAUGUCCAGGUUUACAAUAUGGACAAGUUCUGAGUAAGCCGUUUAGGAAAUACCUAAACAGCAAAACCAUAGAGAAAACAGCAAGGGUACACAGGGGAAGGAUCUCUGAUCCCUUGGCUCUGCAAGUAAUGUACUGCAACUAAUAAACUAACCUUUAUUUACAAAUUCUGCUUACAAGGAAUUAGUUGUUUUGCUGUCAUCAUCUUAUCUGUGUGCAUGUUCUUAGUAUGUGCUUCAUCCUUUCUAAAGCAAUAUACACUAUUCAUACCUUAAUAUAGCAACUAAUUAUAUUUUUUUUUCUUAUUUAAACUUUCUUCCUUUAAAACAUUGCCUUCUAUUUACUCCACAAACUGGAACUUACAAAUAUGGCAUGAAUAAGUAUUUUGUUUUGUAAACCUACUGAAAAUACAAAGCAUUUUUUGAGCAGGAAUUUAGUAUGUGCUGGAACAUGCAGCAUUCCUUCCUCACCACUACUACAGAUCUAUAUAAUUUCACAUGCACAUUUGUGGAUAUGCCAGUCUACUCUAGCAAUCAUUGGCCUAAUAGUCAUAAAAGUUUAAAAAAAAUCUCUAAUAAUUUUUUAGUAUGAAACCAGAAGAGAGUAAUAUCCCCUUUAGGUAAUCCUUAAUCGAGUAUAUCUGACUUUUGAAGGUCUUAACCAAGUAAAGUUGGGAGAGGUUUUUAGUGGAAAGCGAGACAGUGAAGGAAGUUUGGGAACUAGUUUGCUUCACUUGUCUUCAAGACUCCCAGUGACGAUUUAAUCUAAAGUCUUGAGCUAUUCUGUGCAUUAUACGAAUUUUAUUUUAUUACUCUUUUCAGUUUUUCCUUCAGAUAAGUUAUGCUUGAGCAUAGCUUUUAGAAUUACUGUAGUAUUUCACAGUCAGAUAGCUGUGCAGCACCUCCAGCCAAUUAAGCAGUUGAUAAAAUAAGUGGGUUCUCUUAUAUGCAUAUGUCUAAAGACUCAUGAAUGCAAGAUAGGUAACCUUAAUACGGUUUUCUUGCCUUCCCAGAAAGAUUUAAAAAAUGCUUUUUAAAAAGGUCACAUCACUUGGACUGUCAGCUUAGCUUAGAAAGAUUGUAAUAUUAUUUAGACUUAAGAAAUCCCAGCUGGCAUUAAUUGUUUCAGUUUCAAACACUGAAUCCAUUAGAUCUACACUUGUUACCUGUAGCAAAUACACAGAGUGUAACUAGAAAGGUAGGUUUUGGUAGACCACAGUUCAGAAGCAGGAGGGUUUUUACACCUUCCUCUCACUUUGGGUUCUCUUAUUUGGAAAAGUACUGUGUCAGAUGCAGAAAGAAGCAACUAAGUAAACCAUAUUAACAUUAUGAAGUGAUACCAGCGUAAGUACAACAUGGUUUUGGAAUGCAUCUGUAUUACCACUGUCUAUAAAUUAUCCUAGAACCUACAAAAAUACUUUUUAGAUUUGGCUGACUGACAGUUCUUUGGAUAAUCUGUAAUCUUAAUUGAAACAUUUUAAUAAGAAUAUUUGUUUUCCUCCAAACAUACAGUUCUUCCAUUUAAAAUCAUGAUUGAAAUUAGAAUGGCCAGCAUGAGUUGAUUUUAAAAUUGCAAGAGAACUAAGUCAAAAACAAACUUAGUCUUCCAGAAUCAAGGUGCUGAUGGUGAUUCCAGUCACAGAAACAUCCCCCCCCCCCAAACCCACAUUUCUGCAUAUUUGUAGUGCCCUGGUAGCAUAAUAUAGAACAGCAAAAACCUUUUAUGUACUAACAGCUAGUUUUCCUUAAACAUCAAAGUGAUACUACAAGUAAGGGGAAUAAAGACAACAGUCAACUA